AUGUCAAGUUCUGAGAGAUCAAAAAAUGAAAAUGGAUGUGAUUUUAUUAGCAUUAAGCCAAUUGAAGUAUUUGAGUACCCUAGUCAAGCAUCAAAAAUUAUUUGGAGUGUCAAUUCCAAAAAUAUUUUACAAGUAUUUUCACAAAUUAUCGAAUUCGUUACAAAUAACAAAAUAUCUAUCCAAAUGUCACUUUACCUGAUAAAGGUUAUUUCACGAAUUCGUAUUAAAGAUAUUAAAUUAUUUACAGAACUUUACCAAAAGAUAUUAAACCAAUUUUCAUGUAUCCAAUUUGAAAACUUCGAACCUGCAAUUGAUGGAGAUGAAAUCCUGCAUUUAAAUUCAACAGAAUCUCCUUUUUACUAUAUUGCAUGGGAUAAAGUUGAUGACCUUAAGAGUAAAUUCCCAAAUCUCGAUAUAAAUGAGGAAACAAUUGCAAUCACACCACUCGAUUGUGCAAUUAAAUAUGGAUCAGAAUUUUGUUUCAAUUACUUGAAAAAUUUAGGAGCCAAGUAUACUUGCAAAUCCAAAAUGUAUGCUGUUCAAGGUGGAAAUAUAAACAUUUUUAUGCAAAUGAUAGAAGAUGGUAAGUCGUUCGAUGACAUGAUUUAUACAGCAUUGAAAUAUCGAAACUAUGAAAUUGCUGGGGGUAUUAUUAUUGUCGUCUGGCGGUUUUAG